CGGUCAAGGUGUUCCAUUAGCAUGGUUAUUAACAGAAUCUCAAGACUCUGAAACAAUCAAGCUAUGGCUUCAUGCUUUGAAAGAGGAUGUUUGGAUUGACCCGGUAAAUGUAAUCUUGGAUAAUGAUGAUGCAAAAAUUAGUACAAUCUGUGAUAUUUUUACUAUGUCAAAUAUUUUUUUAUGUUGGUGGCAUGUCAAACGUGUAUGGCGUAGAUGGAUUAAUAAACAAAUACCAGGAAAAGAGCGCAAUAAUUUGUUUCAAGAUCUAAAUCAACUACUUAGUAUUUCUGAUAAAAGUGAAGUAAAUAAUGCUCUUAUUAAAUUUGAGCAAAAAUGGCAACAUACAGCUGCGCAUGAGUUAGGUGUUAGGAGAAUGAAUUCACACUAUAAAGUUUGGAGGCAAUUUGAAUUAAAUUCUGUUGCCAUUGAUAAUGGUUCAAUUUUUCACUUAAAUGAGUCUACAUAUUUUGUCAAAUCAACUCAGAGUGAGAAUGAUUAUAUGAUUGAGCAAAUGGGAGAUAAUGCAUUAACCCUUACCUGUAAUUGUGAAGCAUAUAUAGGAAAUCCAGUACCUUGCAAACAUAUAUUCGUUGUCACGCGUAAAUAUAGUAUUAAAAUCCCUGAACAAACCACUUACUUACCCCUACUUAAUGACGAUGAACAAUUUACUAUCGACAACUCAAUUAUUAGGAUUCAAGAAAAUAACUUUAAAAAAAAGAUUGAAGAAAUGAAUCACCAUAUUAACCAACAGCUAGAAAGGUUAGACAAUCUUUGUCAAAAAAUGGAUCUGAACAGUAUACCUUUAGAAAAAAAAGAAGAUAUUGCUAAUAAGCUGGAAGAA